CUGAUAAGGAAGCUGUUUUUGUCCUUUUUACAGCGGGUUAUACCCUUUAAAUGUGACGAAUGAGCCUCUAGCUGUCGGAAGAGGAAGUGGCCAACCACCUGGAGAGGCUGAGUGAGUAGAAUCCAUGUUGGAACUGUUACGGAAACUCGUCCAAGUUUUGAAUUCCUGUUGAAAUGAACACCAGCAGCUUAAUGGUCGCAGUGCGGAGAGGAUGCACGACGAGCUUCAGACGACCUCCCGUUUCCUUUUCGGUGGUUCAGUGCCGCCUGCAGUCCACACAGCCUGUCCCUGCAGCCCGGCUGCCCUACAGAGUCAAGGUGUCUGCUGGGAAACCCUACGCCUGGUGUGCUUGUGGACACAGUAAGAAACAGCCUUUCUGUGACGGAUCUCACAGGUCAAAAGCUCCGAGUAUCUCUCCUGUACGCUUCACCCCUGACAAAGACAGGACGCUCAUGCUGUGUGCCUGUAAGCAAACCAAAGACGCGCCGUACUGCGACGGCUCACACUUUAAGGUCAUCUUCCAGGAUAUAGUGAAGUCGGUGAAAGGCAUCUUUAAAUGAACAGCGUUCAAGAUGUCUGCCCUGGGAGGCCAAAGAGCUGUACUGCAAUGGAAAUGAAACAAAGAACAAAUACUCCCCAGUAUCUGUAGCUUGUCUCAAUGAAAAUACAGGAGCUGUGGAGAUGUAAUGUCCUGAAUCAUUUUGUCCUCUUAGAUAUGUUGUCUGUUUAAAUGAUAUACAUGUAUAUGAUUUUAACCCAAUAUUGUAUACUAAAAUCGUAACCCAUUAAACAUUCUUUGAAAAAAAAA